GAGUCAACCCAGCCGGCACCUUGGUUAGUUGCCUUCCGUAAAAGGUACUCCUUUCUUCUCUCAUACUCAACUUCGUCUGGUUUUCUCUCCAUUUUAGGGUUCUUAAAUUGGUUUGUAUAAUUUAUUAUCGUAAUUGUCCGUCGGAUACCACAUUUUCUUUUUUCUUCGUAAGCCCGAUAACUCAUUGAAAAAAGUAUAAAGGAAAACAAGUAACUAAAGCAAGAAAAAGAGGAUGAGCGAUCCUCCGGUGACUGAAGCGAAGAGCGGUUCCGAUGCGUCUCGAAUUUCGGAACUUCAGAAAUGGUUGGCGGCCAGAUUUGGCGAUGCCGGCAAAGAAGUUCCCGAUUUCGAAUACACCCCAAGAAGCGUCGGUUAUUUGCACACUCUUCUCAACAUCUCCGAAGCCAAGGAAAAAUCUGCCGACAUUGUGGCCAAGGAUUUCCGGCGAAAAGCCGCCGAAUACCGCUCUCAAGCUGCAAGGAUUAGGGAGAUAUUGGAGAGCGUGGGGCUGGCACAGGAUAGUUUGCCAUCAAAUGUGGUUGGGUCAGCGCAGGUUCUAGCAAAUGUGGCAAAUUUGUUGAAUAUAAGAGACACCGAGCUAAGUAGUUUUCUAGUAGCAAUGGGGGAUAUAUCUUUGAGGAAGAGUGGUGUGGAGGAGAAGAGGGCUAAAGUACAAAAGGAAUCCAAAAUUCUUCUUGAUUACACUCGAAAGGCGAUAGCCAGGCUUACCUAUUUGAAAAGAACGCUGGCACAACUAGAAGAUGAUCUACCUCCAUGUGAGGCUCAAAUGGAAAAUUGGAAGACAAACUUGCAAGUUAUGGCUGCCAAGGAGCGGCAAUACAUGCAACAGUGUGCCAACUACAAGGCAGUACUGAAUCGUGUGGGCUACAGCCCAGAGAUUAGCCAUGGAGUGUUGGUUGAUAUGGCUGAGCACAGGAAGGAGUUAGAGAAGAAAACAAAGCCAAUACUCGACACUUUGAGGAGCUACCAAGACUUGCCUCCGGAUAAAGCUUUGGCUGCUUUGGCAAUUGAGGACAAGAAAAGACAGUAUGCAGCUGCUGAGAAGUAUCUUGAAGAUGUCUUGCAUUCAGCUCUUGCCACAUCGGAAUAACUCAUGGAGGGAUUGCUUUAAUUCAUGAGUAAUUGCUGCCAUAUAUAUAUAUAUAUAUGGACACUGGGUGAGUACGAAUUGUUGAUCAGAUUAUUUCUGCUGAGGAUGCUUCUCUUUGAAUUUACCUGCUUGUCGUUGGUCUGUGACAACAAAAUCUUCAGUAUUAUUGAAUAUUGGAACAGUAAGACCGAUGGAGACUCUAAUGUAUGUAACAAAUAGUCGAUAUGUUUUGAAAAGUUCGGAACUAUUUUAGGCUUA